AAGGAGCAGGAGACGAAGAAGAAGAAGAUAUGCUGUAUUUCAUCUUAUGCUGUCCCCUCUUACAUUACGAAUGUUGCUGUAUCUUUCGUAGACACGGUCGUGCCUCCAUGGAAGGUCGGCUCCUGAAAUUUACCAAUUUAAUGAAAGGCUACCGGUAUAGGUGGGUUGUUCUGAAUGACGAAGAAGGAACUUUGCAGUAUUAUGAGUCAAAAGAGAGCAAGAAGUCACCGCCCAAGGGAUGUAUGUUUUUAGGG